AUGCAAGCGAAAAAGCGCAUUGGCGGCAAGGAUGCUCCUAUCAAUUAUUUAUUUGAAGAGCGAGUAUUUUGUCCGGGUGACACAGCUCCUCACAAGGCGGCAGCGAAGGCGGAGGUUCUAGAACUGCUUCGCUCGCGCAUUCUUUCAGCAGAGAGACCGCAAUGGGACCAAUCAACUUCGAACUGGGACAGCAUGCAGAUGACUGGCAAAUGCUACAAGCGCACAAAUAUUAACGCAGAGCGAAACAUGUUCAACUACAACUAUCGAGCCGAGAAGCUGCCAAAGAAGAACCCGACACACCGACCUAAACCAAACUGCUUCAAUACAGGUAUCAUGGAAGUGGCCAUAAAGGACAAAUACGUCGGUGAAGCGUUCGGGGACGAGCGUGUGAUGAAAGGAAUCGCCAAGUGCACGGAGGAGCUGCCCAACCAUCCAAACUUGCGCGAUGCUAAACCUUGGAAUCAAUCGGUCGAGCUAAUGAGGAAAUCUCACAAGAAGCACGCAGCGCGACUGACCAACAGUGAGAAAUGGCGACACUUGGUCGGGGCAAGAGACAUUUACAAAAGUCCAGAACUGCUAUCAAAAGAGCUGUCAGCCCGCAAACGCCAGGAGAAACAGGGCAUUGUAGCUGCAAUAACAAAAUCAGCGUCCUCGAGCUAA